AGUUUCAACCAUCAUCCAUCCACCAUCUCGAGAGAGAGAGAGAGAGAAAGAGGGAGAGAGAACAAACAUGACGAUGGUUCGUAGCUACGCAGGCGUCUUUCUCUCCAAUCAGCUGCGAAAUCCGUUGCGUGGUCCCACCAAACCGCCAAAUCUAACUAUCAGACCUCUUCUCCUUCCCAAAAUUCGAGCUUCUUCGGCCAUCGCUGUCGAAACAAAUACCGAUCCUAUCUUAAAUGGGAACAGCAAUGACAGCAUGGAUGUUUUAGCUUGUCCUAUUUGUUAUGACCAACUAAUCUGGAAAGGUGAUCCUGUUGCAAGCAGGGCAUCUGCGUCUAGGUCUAAGUUUCAAUGCCGCAUUUGCAAGAAAGCUUAUGUCAGUGAUGAGGCAUAUCUUGACCUGACCAUAACUGGUUCCAAGGAAUAUAAUGUAUUUGAUCCAAGCGCGACUGAAUUUUUCAGGAGUCCCUUAGUAUCAUUUCUAUAUGAGAGGGGAUGGCGUCAGAACUUUGUAUGGGGCGGUUUUCCUGGUCCAGAAAAAGAGUUUGAAAUGGCUAAACAGUACCUUCAGCCCACUGUAGGUGGGACAAUCGUUGAUGCCAGUUGUGGAAGUGGGUUAUUUUCAAGGAUAUUUGCCAAGAGUGGAAUGUUUUCACUCGUUGUUGCUCUGGACUUUUCAGAAGAAAUGUUGCGGCAAUGCUUUGAAUUCAUUAAGCAGGAUGACACCCCAAAAGAGAACUUAAUCUUGGUGAGGGCUGAUAUCUCAAGACUUCCUUUUGUUUCAAGUUCUGUUGACGCCGUACAUGCGGGUGCUGCAUUGCACUGUUGGCCUUCACCAUCUUCUGCCGUAAGUAUUUCUUUCUUUAAAGCAUCUGUAGCUGAAAUAAGUCGAAUUCUGAAACCUGGAGGGGUGUUUGUUGCAACAACCUUCAUUCUUGAUGGCAUUUUUUCCAUCCUUCCAAUUAUGAGGACAUUGCGCCAGAAUGUCGCACAAUAUUCAGGCAACCACUUCUUUUUAUCUGAAGGAGAAUUGGAAGAUCUCUGCAAUUCAUGCGGGCUUGAGGGUUUCACGUAUGUGAGGAAUGGGCCUUUCAUCAUGCUCUCCGCAAUGAAACCCAGCUGAUCAUUUGAGUCUUUUGCUUUGAUCAUGGACCCUUCACUUGCCUCAGCAAUUCACAUGCAUUUCUCUACCCAUGACUGUACUUUACAGUUCAGCAUACAGAAAAAAUAAAGUACUUAGCAAUUCAGCAUAUGGCAAAAAUAUGGUACAGCAAAAGUUAGAGUAUUAUUCAGUGUAGACACUGAAAAAUAUGGUUGUUUUUUGUUGUAAAAGACAGGAAUGCCAAUAAAGUUGGGGCUGAAGGACUGUGGACGAAGGGAAAUACAAAUUCCGAAAGGACCCGAUGGGGAAGACAUAAAGUCCUAUAUGUAUUAGGUAUUAGGUAUUAUUAUUAUUAUUAUUUUA